CCCGGCGGACAGUGGCAGAGCGUGCGCUCGGGCUCCUGCGGGGUCGGCGACCCUGCCUUCCCGCGCGUCCUCGGAAGCAAGCGCGCCUGCAGCCCGAGACGCGCGCGGCCUUCUCGCUGGACGUCCGAGUCCCCGGGCCGGCUGGUCCCUGCCCGCUGUCUCCGGGGGAGCGGAGAGCCGGGCUAUCCAGGGCGCUGGGGCCAAACGGGGCCGGGAGCUCUCGAGUGCUCCAGCCUGUCGGACAGGUUGGGCUGCAGUUUCGCGGAGUAGGAGGGAGGGAGGCGGCGAGCGGGAAGAGGAAGAAGACGCGGGCGGUGAGCGCCAGCCCGGAGAGGAACGGGGCGCGGGAGCGCAGGGCCCUCGGGACUUCGGGGGGCGCGCUGGUGCGGCGCGGACUCCCGCUAGGGGGCGGUAGCGCCCCGCUCCUGGCGUCCUGCUCCCCUGGUGACCUCGGGAAGAGGGAGAAGCGUUCCUCUGGAAUUCCGGGCGGGCGAGGGGAGUGCGCCGGCCGGGCCGCCUGGUGCUGGGGUCUUCCGAGCCCUCUGCGUCCAGAUGUGCGGGAACUCGGAGCGCGGCCGGGCACCGCGUGGCCCCACUGAGCCCGGCGAGACUGGCAGCCCCGGCGCCGCGGGCGGCUUCGGGAGGGUGGCACUGCCUGGGAGCGUCACCCGCCCAGAGGACCGCCACGACGCGAGCAGCAAUGGGACCCCGCGCAUCCCCCACCUCUCCUCGGCCGGGCAGCACCUCUACAGCCCCGCGCCGCCGCUCUCCCACGCCGGAGUCGGCGAGUACCAGCCGCCCUACUUCCCGCCGCCCUACCAGCAGCUGGCGUAUUCGCAGUCGGCCGACCCCUACUCGCAUCUGGGCGAAGCCUACGCCGCCGCCAUCAACCCGCUGCACCAGCCAGCGCCCACCGGCAGCCAGCAGCAGAGCUGGCCCGGCCGCCAGGGCCAGGACGGGGCCGGCCUGCCCUCGCACCACGGCCGCCCCGCCGGCCUGCUCCCCCACCUCUCGGGGCUGGACGGCGGCUCCGUGAGCUCCCGCAGGGACGCCUACCGCCGCUCCGACCUGCUGCUGCCCCACGCGCACUCCCUGGAGGCCGCGGGCCUGGCGGACAACCUGGGGCUGCACGACAUGGCUCACCCGAUGGACGAGGUGCAGAAUGUGGACGAUCAGCACCUGCUUCUGCACGAUCAGACUGUAAUUCGCAAAGGUCCCAUCACGAUGACCAAGAACCCCCUGAACCUUCCCUGCCAGAAGGACCUGGUGGGAGCUGUGAUGAACCCAAGCGAGGUGUUCUGCUCGGUCCCCGGAAGGCUGUCUCUGCUCAGCUCCACGUCUAAAUACAAAGUGACGGUGGCUGAAGUGCAGAGGCGACUGUCACCGCCUGAAUGCUUGAACGCCUCCCUCCUGGGCGGGGUUCUCAGAAGAGCUAAAUCCAAAAACGGAGGCCGGUCCUUGCGGGAGAAGCUGGACAAGAUAGGACUGAAUCUUCCAGCCGGCAGGCGCAAGGCUGCCCAUGUGACGCUCCUGACGUCCCUUGUGGAAGGCGAAGCAGUCCAUUUGGCCCGAGACUUUGCCUAUGUCUGUGAAGCAGAGUUUCCUAGCAAACCAGUGGCAGAGUAUUUAACCAGGCUCCAUCUUGGAGGACGGAAUGAGAUGGCAAACAGGAAGAAUAUGCUUCUGGCUGCACAGCAAGUGUGCAAGGAGUUCACGGACCUCCUCAAUCAAGACCGGACCCCCAAUGGGAACAACCGGCCCACCCCCGUCUUGGAGGCGAACAUCCAGGGCUGCCUGUCUCAUUUCAGCCUGAUCACCCACGGCUUUGGCAGCCAGGCCAUCUGCGCCGCCGUGUCCGCCGUGCAGAACUACAUCAAAGAGGCCCUGAUUAUGAUAGACAAGUCCUACAUGAACCCGGGAGACCAGAGCCCCGCGGAUUCCAGCAAGACUCUGGAGAAAAUGGAGAAGCACCGCAAGUGACAGUGGGUGGACCGAGGGCCAGAGCUUCGGGAAGGGCAAGGACUGGAAGAUCCACCCUGCUCCACCCCCCACAGACUGCAAGCCUGGCACCUGGGGAGACAGCUCACUGCCUGCCCGAUCUCUGCCCGCGUCACGGCCAUUCUGAUUUCCCUCCUGGACUCCUUGGUUUCUCCAGUGCUGAAGUCUCUCUCUCUGGACAUUGGAUCCCAAGGUGACAAGCACUGGGUUUGGCUUUUGUUACGUGUUACGCAUUUAUACUUUGGAACCCCAAGCAUCCUGUCCCUCGAAGUGGUGCUACAAGUUUUAAAAUCAAUAAACUGCCUGGGCCUCCCAAGAAACCAUCCACUUGGCUGUUGUAAUGUCAAAUUGAUGUGACAUUAACAGAUCGACAGCUUAUUUUUUCAGUGUUAAGAUACAAUGGCUGGUUUUUGUAUCCACUAAAUAUUUACCCUAAAACAGCGAGUCCUUACCUAAGUUCUUUGGCGAUCACAUCCUCCGGAGGGAGGAGGAGUUCUUUGUGCUUAGCAUCUGGUUAACGGGUGGUAUUCAGCACACUUUACACCCCAAGUUCAAAGGGGCCCUUCUGGUUUUAGAAAACUUGUAGAAACAAAGCCUGCUGAUUUCAUGUUUCUUUUUUUAACUUUGAAAGUUAACUCUUUAAAUGGGAAACUCUUGGCAAUGGACCUCUUCCUGUAAGGUACUAAAGCUUUAUUUGCAUAUUUAUUUCAGAUCUUGAUUUUUUUUUUUUUUUGAGUAAACUUGAAAAGGGUAGGCGUGAAGCCUGGCAGCUGCCUGUCACCCCAAGUCCCUGCGGAGCUCUGUAUGUUGAGAAACAGUGUGUUUGUUGUGUGUACAGAUUUUAUUUAUGCAUAAUUUAACGGGGUCUGUAAAUACUGGUGUACUUCCUAUGACUUUUUGAGAAAUGGGAUUCGAUUUUAAUAUUAACUUUUAAUGGUGAUGGGGUAAUCUAUAACAUCUUUAGAGUUUAUUCACCCGUACACAGGGUCUUAAGAACUGAGAGGAUACCAGGCUUUGCUCUUGGUUUGGAAGAGUCUAUUUAACGGGCUCUCUCAGAAAGCAAUAACUUGCUAUCUCAUUGCUGACUCAACCCUGAGAUGGGUGUGGGGAGAGUUUGUGUGGGUUUGUGAAUGUUCCUCAGAUAACUGCUGUGUAUGGUACUUGUAUAAUAAAAGUAUU